GACGCCCUGAUGAAGCUUCAAAUUCCCCCAGAGUUGAUGCCUCAAUGACCCUGUUUAAUGAGUGGAUUGUGAACAAUGAGUUAGAAGAGCACCAAGCUACAGGUCCCUGGUACACAUGGCUUAAUAAACAGACAACCAACCCUAUUGGCAAGAGGCUGGACAGAGUUCUUAUCAAUUUUCUUUGGAUGGAUAGAGUCAAGGACAGCAAAGUACAUUUUCAAGCUCCAGGCGUCUCGGACCAUUGUCCUAUUUUCGUCGACACUAUAGCUUCUCAGAAGUCACUCCCUAAACCAUUCAAAUUCUUUAAGUUUUGGUUGCAUCACCCUCGUUUUGAUGAGUUGCUUGAAGUGGCUUGGAGAAGUAAAGUCACAAGUAAACACCCUCUGAUUAGAGUCUGCCAGAAGUUGAAGAAUCUAAAGAAUUUACUCUGACAGUUAAAUAGGGAGGAGUUCUCAGAUAUCAAGGAGAAGGUUAAGGAAAAGGAAGAAGAGGUACAGAAAAUCCAACAGCUGGCUCUUAGUGAUCCUUCCGCUUCAAAUUUUGAGGCUGAAAGGAAACUGGGACAGGAACUGAAAGUAUUGAUGGAUGCUGAGGAGUGUUUCUUUAGGCAGAAGUCAAGAGAGUGCUGGCUCAAAACUGGGGAUAUGAACUCUGCCUAUUUCCAUCGGUCAGUCGGAUCAAGGCAAAAGAAAUGUACUAUACGAAUGCUAAGGAAUGAGUCAGGAGAGCAAAUUCAAGAAGUGGAUGAAAUGGCUAAGAUUGCAGUCAGCUUUUAUGAAGAUCUGUUGGGGGUGGUGGAUCCUGAAGUAAUGAAGAUGCCAGAUAACUAUAUUUCUGAUCUACUGAAACAUAAACUCAAGAGGAGCAAACUGGUGACCUCUGUGAACCUUUUACAGAUGAGCAGAUUAAAGCUGUUCUGUUUGCUAUGGAUGGGGACAAAAGCCCUGGUCCCGAUGGGUUUUCUGCCGCUUUCUUUCAAUAUGUCUGGCCACUCAUUGGAGAUGAGGUAAGCUCUGCAAUUAAAUUCUGUUUUGAGCAAGAUAGAAUCCCUAAGCCAGUUAAUGCUACCAUUCUUUCUCUCAUCCCUAAAGUCCCAAACCCGGAUGAAAUGAAAAAAUUUCGUCCCAUCUCCUGUUGCAACAUAUUAUACAAGUGUAUCUCCAAGCUUAUUGCUAAUAGACUUAGUCCUCUGUUACCUUCUCUCAUUAGCAAAAAUCAGACUGCUUUUGUCAAAGGUAGGCUUAUAGGGGAGAAUAUUCUAUUGGCACAUGAACUGGUUCACAAGUAUUCUAGACAGAACAUUUCUUCGAGGUGUGCUCUUAAGAUUGAUCUUAUGAAGGCCUUCGACUCAGUUAACUGGGAAUUUAUUCUUCAAGUUUUAAAGUGCAUGAAGUUCCCUGAAAGGUUUAUUAAAUGGAUCAGUAUGUGUGUGUACCCCCAUGCUCAGUGUUUGUUUCAAUGGAGGUCUAGUCGGUUAUUUUCAAGCAAAGAAAGGGGUCAGACAGGGUGACCCCUUGUCUCCCUAUUUGUUCUCUAUAGCAAUGGAAGUUUUCACAUGUUUACUUGAUAAUUCGGCUGCUAAGGGACUGUUCCCUUACCAUCCCAUGUGCAAAGGCAUUAAGCUCACCCACCUAUGCUUCGCGGAUGACCUUCUGGUCUUCUCGGAUGGAUCCAAUAAUGGGAUACAGGAGAUGCAACAGGUUUUGGAGCAAUUCAAGAAAGUUUCUGGUCUUAAGUCUAACCCUAGCAAGUGUGAGGUUUUCUUUGGAGGGCUUGACAAGGAGGAAAAGAAAAUCAGAGCAGCACGAUAUGGUUAUAAGUUAGGUGAAUUUCCAGUACGCUACCUGGGAGUUCCUCUAAUAUCUGGGAAGCUUAGCUUAUCUUCAUGCCAAUCACUAAUAGAUAAGAUUGUUGCAAAAGUUAAGAGUUGGCAAGCUAAGUCAUUAUCUUAUGCUGGAAGAAUUGAACUUGUUGGCAAAGUGUUAUAUAGUCUUACACAAUUCUGGAUGUCAGUGUUUCUUUUGCCUAAAUCUGUCAUUAAAGAGGUGGAGAGAAUCUGUAGCAACUAUAUCUGGGGAGUUGGAGUUGGGACUAAACUGAGAGCAAAUGUUCUCUGGCAGAAAAUCACAUAUCUAAAAAAAGAAGGAGGACUGGGAUUCCGAGAUAUGUGGAGCUGGAAUCAGGCAUGUAUGGUGAGGCAUCUAUGGCUGAUCCUGCUGCAAGAGGGUUCAUUGUGGGUUGCUUGGAUCCAUAACUAUAAACUGAAGGGGAGGGACCUGUGGAGUUACUCCUGUACUUCAGGAUCCUGGAACUGGCGCAAGGUAUUAAAGUUAAGAGGUAAGAUUGCCUCCUUCAUUUCGUCAAGCGGGGGGGAACUUCGAUUCAAAAAUGCUCCUAUGCCUACUUACUCUAUAAAAAGGGUUUGGCAGACUUUGAGACAUGUUCAGCAAACUGUUAACUGGUGGAAGUUAGUUUGGAAGGGAAAAGCUAUUCCUCGUAACAGGGUGAUUACUUGGCUUGUAAUCAGAGGGAAUAUCAACACUAAAGAGAGGAUGAAGAGAUGGGGUUAUAGUGGGGGUAUGGAAUGUUGUCUUUGUGGAACAGGAGUGGAGGAUAGGGAUCAUUUGUAUGCUUGCUGUCCUUUCUCCCGUCGUGUGCUUGAGUCGGUUUUUGUUAAGUUUAUGCAGAUUCCAGUUAUGCAGAGCUGGGACGAGGUAGUGGCUCUGAUAAUGUCCAAGCUUGGUGGAAUAACAGAGGCAACUGAAACAGGAAAAUUGAUAUGGCAGGCCUGGGUGAGUUAUAUUUGGCGAGAACGCUGUCGACGUUUAUACUCAGCUGAGGAGAAGAGCUGCAAUGUUUUGGUGAAAGAGAUCAAGUCGGAAGUUGAAUGCCUGUUAGGGUCUCAUCGAGUUAGUCUGUUUUGGGACUCAUUGUCUAUAGUGGUCUGUCUUGGUUCUUGUUCUGUGGUUUAUUACAAUCAGUUUUGUUUUUGAUUCCUAGCUAGCAGGGUGUGUUGCUAGCACCUCUUUUUUGAUGAAUGAAACCCAAUGAUUCAUCAAAAAAACUAGCUACUAAUAAAAAGAUGACUGACAAAAGGAUCAUCAAAACAAGAGGCCAAUUUGCACAUGAACAAGAUCCACCACAAAAAAGUAGAUAAAGCUCAGAAAGCAGGUUAUGAGACAUGUUCUGGAAGAAUAAGACCUUGAAAUGGAGUUCGGUCAUAAACUGGAAUAUGGAGG